AUGAGCCACGACACAAGGCUUGAGAAAAGACGGUUCAAGUUCUCUGAGCAUGCGCGGCAGCAGAUUCUCAAUCACCAAUUGCACGACCAAUUCCUUCUGAGUCGAUCUGGAGCGAUAAACAAGAAUCUGCACCUACUACAAAAUGAUCAAGCCGCUAGAAUGCGACUAUGGACGGAAAUCGAAGCUCAGGAAAGCCUAGACGGGAACAGUCCGCUUAUCGAGCAUGGCCUUCGGAAACUUAGGGAAAUUAUCAUCACAGUGGACUCUGAAAGCUAUUGCGAUGUGGAAUUUAGGACGCUGGCAGCGCGCGUUUGCGAGAAAACCGUGCAAUUCUACUCCAGACGCGGCGAACACCACAAAAGUUAUCCUUUCUUGAAGUUUUACGUGCACAAUCUCUUGAUCUAUGACGCCUCUGAAGCGUUGUCGCAAGAACUGGCGAUCUGCUGCGCUCUCUACAUUUCUCACUACGCGCACGACAUUUCCCUCUGUCUUUCACUACUACGGUCUCAAAUGUCAGACUUCACACUUCACGAGCUGUGCAAAACACUGUCGUUGGUAUACUGUAUCAAAAACGAGCCGUCCUGCGUCUGGUUCAGAGCUAUGACGCAGAUCCCAGCCAGUUCUUUGGUGCGCCAAUUUCUCGAAACGCUUCCGGCUUUUGAAGAGAUGAAACAAAGAACUAUUCAGAUGGUUUCAAGCAGCUACAACCAGAUAUCCAUAUCAUUUUUGAGCGCAUACUGGUUCAGUGGUCUCUGGGCCGAUCUCGAACCGCAAAUAUCUCAAAAAUGGUCAAUUGAAACGCUGAAAACUGGGACAAGAGUGGUGAAAUUCAAAUCAAAACGUUCAUGA